AUGACAACAAGUCGUUCCGAACGGUUCAUACUGUCCUUGGCUUUAAGUACUGUACUUACAGUCUGUGGUUAUUACUAUAGUAAAUAUCUAAUCAAUCGUCGAUCUCAUGGACAAGGAAGGAAGAGGUUACGAGUUGUACCGCGUCAGAAGCUACGAGACUUGCAACUGUGUGACAAGAAGCAUUGGGUCGCAUUAUGUGGUACAGUGUUUAACGUUAGUGGAGACCCUUUCUUUGAUGCUACAUGUGGUGGUAUCUAUAGCUCAUGGGUUCGGCAUGAUAUUACGUACUUAAUACUACAAUUGGGACUAGUACCAGACGCCAGGAAUGAUGCGGAAGCCAUUGCUAGUUACUUGGAUCAGGAAUUGCACUUGAAUAUGCUACAAGAUGAGGAAGACGACGUGAAACGACGUCGUGAACUCAUGCAAGAAUGGUUUAUGCGCUUGUAUUCACGGUAUGAAGUAGUGGCACAACUCAGUGACCGCUAUGUCGGUGCACAAUGGGAAACGUUGAGGAUGGAGCUGCUACCAUCAAAUUCGGGUUGGAAUUCCGGUAGCAAGUGCCCAUUAGGAUUUGGAGCGAAAACGAUAAGCAAGACCACGUGGUCUCUCAAAACAGCAGAUCUGAAGGAUCUGAGAACGAUACGUUUUCAAGGACGACGUUAUGAUGUGACGGAGUCGAGGUUAUUUCAUCCAGAUGGUGGAAAGUUUGCACAUUUUGUUGGUCAUGAUGUCACUUAUGCUCUAGCGGUGCAAUCGAUGCAAGUGAAAGAUUUGGACGUUGCACCGGAGAGACCGUAUACGUUUGAGGAGCAGUUGCUGCUGGAGCGAUACAGAAAUACGUUUGCACGUGAAUUGACACUUUUGGAAAUCGACAAAGAGGAGACCAAGGAUGGCAACAACAUAAGCGUAAUCAAUUUGCACCAUAUUAUUGAGGAUAGCGACGGUAUGGCACACGAAGAAUGUGUAGAAUGUCUGAAGAAGGCGCUUGAAAGUGCAACCGCAGAUCAAGUGAACGCGGUGUGUGCUCGUACAAUGAUGACACCUCUGCAAAAGGCUGUGGAAAAGCAUCGUUUGGAUCUCGUGGAAGUGUUGGUACGUGCUGGAGCAGACAUUCAGGCACGUGCAGCACUUUACGAUGACGAAACACCCUUGCAAAUGGCGUAUCGUUUUCAUUUUAACGAUAUUGCUGCUUAUCUCGAAACCGUUGCCGUAGGUGGCAAAUAA